AUGGCGAAAAAAGAUUGCCGUGAUAUCCUCGUGCCCCAUAUUGAUCGGUACUGCAAUGUUGUGGGUUUUACUCGGCCCAACCUGAAAUAUGAUCAACAGUCCAUCAACUACCUCACCACCAGUGUCAUAACAAACAUUAAAGUCAAUGUCCAAGAGCAUUUUGUCAAAAUGCUAGUUAGAUUCAUCAAUUAUCGAUUAGACGUCAAGAACCAGCAGAAAAGACUAUUGGGAGCGGAGAGAAUGUCAUUUUUCGCCAGAUUGCGAUAUCUGAAACAAUUGUUCUUAUUAGACGACAUUCCACAAACCGAUGAUCUAGACCUGAGCAAUUUGGAAAGUGCAUUAUUAGAAGACAUUUGGAAUAUUUUGCUUGAUCGAGUCAUAGGAAAAGAAGGGAAACUCGCAUAUCUUGUAGCAUGCGAUCCGCUGUCAUUUUUUCCGUCUCACUGUGCAUUAUCCCGUUUAUUCGAACGAUGUGGCCUGCCCUUGUUUAAUGCCAUCCCAUUGCGAAGAUCGUUUAUCCAAUCCCAUGUUCGCAUUGAUACUAUGAUUCUGUAUCAACAUGUGCUAAAAGUCUCAUGGCGAGAAUACGACUCUGUUGACAAAAUGGACUUGUGGUUGCGUGUUUGCAAUCUUGGCAGUAAGGCGUUCACGACGCGUAGUGGAAUGGCAUUUGACGGAUCAAUAACGACGGAUGGGACCUCCAUGUCAGUUUGCCUGAAGCAUCCAGAUGCGGCAAAAUAUGGCAGACACAAGCAUCGCAACUCAGAACAGGCGAUUGAAGCAGAUAUCAAAAGUCAAUAUAUUGAGAAUAAUCUUACGGCCUGUCGCAGCGCAUCCAACGUCGUCACCAUUGAUCCCAAUAAGCGCGAUAUACUAUACUGUCGGGAUCUUCAAAAGAGGCAACCAAAGAGAUUGGAAGCAGGAGGUUCAAAAAAUCCCGCGAAGCAAUGA